AUGGAGCGCUUUGGUUCUACAAUCCCGUACGCCGAACCAGCCUGGUACCAGUCUCCCAAUACCUCUCCUUUCUACAACGAAAGCCACCGGCAAUUACGACAAUAUAUCCGGCAGUAUGUGGAAGAAAACCUGAUCCCAUAUGCUGAAGAGUGGGAAGCAGCGGGGGGUGUGCCAAAGGAGGUUUUCGAACGUCAUGCCCGACUGGGCUUUGUUGCAGCUUCGAUCUACCCUGUGGCGGCUGAGUAUCUUGGUGCAUUCGGACAAUACGAAGCGCAGACAUUGCCUAUGGGUAUUCCUGCCCACAAAUGGGACCUAUUUCACGACUUCAUCAUGCACGACGAGCUAUCCAGAGUGGGCUAUAUGGGAGCUCUAUGGGCCCUGAACGGCGGGAACACCAUCGGGGUUCCGCCGAUCAUCAAUUUUGGCACAAAGGAACAAAAAGACCGAUUGCUCCCGAAAUUCUUGCGCGGUCACUUGAGAGCGUGCUUGGGCAUUACGGAACCUGACGCGGGUAGUGACGUGUCGGGCAUCAAGACCACCGCCACUUUGAGUGAUGAUGGCCAAUUUUUCAUCGUCAACGGCUUCAAGAAAUGGAUUACCAACGGCCUGUGGUGUGACUACAUGGUCGCUGCUGUUCGAACCGGGUGUGAAGCAGCCAGAGGAACUGGAGAUCUUUCGGCCCUGAUAAUCUCUCUCGCAGCAGAGGGAGUGACCUGUCGACGCCUUCAUAACUCUGGGGUUUCAGCCAGCGGUAGCACAUUCGUCGAGUUGGACGACGUUAAGGUGCCGAGAGAAAAUCUCCUCGGAGGCUCCGAGGGUUUGGGAAAAGGAUUUCGCAUGGUCCUUUCCAACUUCAAUCACGAGCGCUUUGUGAUUGCAGUGCAAUCCUUGAGGUUGUCGCGUCUCUGCUUUGAGGACGCAUACUCUUACGCCCGACGUCGUGAAACCUUUGGCAAGCCUCUUUUAUCGAACCAAAUAAUUCGCUUCAAGUUGGGGAACAUGUCGAUGCUGAUCGAGUCAAUUCAGGCGCAGUUGGAAACUCUGCUGUACCACGCCAGUGUUGUUCCUGGUGCUCUGGACACGACCAUGGGGGGUGACUUUGCGCGAAUCAAGGUCCACAGUGCCCGGGCACUCGAACUUUGCGUUCGCGAAGCGCAGCAGAUCCUCGGAGGAUUGGGAUAUUCGAGGGGUGGUGUAGGAGGUCGAGUGGAGCAGAUUUCCAGGGACGUCAGAGUCAUGGUCGUCGGGGGCGGCAGUGAUGAGAUCUUGACCGACUUGGUGAUACGACAGGCGAUGGCCCUGGAAAAGACUAGAGCUCGCGCAUCGGGUAAGCUGUAG